AUGGAUACCGUUUCCAAUGCCGCCCAGCAAGUGCUGGUCGAAUCUGCCCGGGAUCAGUCCGUCGUUCCCGUGGAGCGAUGUCUCUCCAGCUUUGAACGAGUGUUUACCACCCAUGCGCCUAUCCUGGAAUCGCUGCUCCUCCAAAUUCCGACGGACACGCUUCUCCAGCUCUACCACACCUCCCGCUACCUCCGAUCGUUCCUCCAGUCGUACCCGACCGCAUGGAAGUACCUCUCGUUUCGCUUGUUCUAUCCUUCCGGAACGCCGUCCCCCCUCCGAGUCGUCAUCGCAGGCACCCCGGAUCCCGUCACGCCGCGGCAGUCGCGUCCUUAUGCUCUCGAUCAGCUGUUGAUGAACGUCGUGAUUCCGUUCAGUCCGUGUUUGAGGAGCCUGGAGUUGGACAAUACCGCGGUCUCCGGCCAGAUCCUCAUCUCCACCGUUCUACACUCCCGGCGCGAAACCCUCGAACAUCUUUCUGUCCGCGGUUGCAAGAACGUCUCGCUCAAAUACCACAUCAUUCCGUAUCUCACGAUGUUUGGCCUGCAGUAUGACGUGAGCAUGGAGAAGAACAUCGGCAGUUCCCCGUCGACCAAGUCUCUCGCCCUCAAGAGUCUCUACACAUACCGGUGCCGCCAUCACCGCCGUCGACCCUACCUCUCCAGCUCGCUGACACGCAAGGACUCGGAUUCAGAACCGACCCACGAACUGGUGAGCCUCUGCCACAAACUCGGAAUCUGGACGGAUACCGCCUGGUGCUCCACUCCCGCCGGACGCUGCUUCAGGCGACGGGGUUACGUUUCCAUGAGAGUGCCCCAGGGGAAUCCGGAAGUGUGGGUUGUGUUUGAUCGACUGUGGAGGUCGAAGAACUGGAUCGGUCCGGUGGAUCAGGGAAGUCGGCCGCUCAAACGCGAUGGGAAGCUGUGGGAACAUGCGGAGAGCGGCUGCUAUGGGGAGGCUUUAGGAACUGCUGAAUCGAGGCCGCUGGGUGAGGGAAAGAUGACCCCGGCGCAUCUCCGGUCCAGCCAUCGGCAGUUUGUUGAGAACAUCCGCUGCGACAAUUGUUAUGAAGUAAUCCCCGAGCGUUGCGAACAAUGCAGCAUCCUCAUGCACUGCGUCGGAUGUCGGAAGACCCUCUGUGCCAGCUGCGCCUACGACAGACCCUAUCUUCGCAACAGUGUCGACGCUCAUCUUGUCGAAAAUCCUAGGAACUCGUUCUGGUGGGCGCCUGGGGCGACAACUUCCCCAUGUCUGAUGGCGGACCCGCUGGCGAACCAGACGGAGACCCCUGCACUGCACCAGCAUGUCCCAGCGACCUACCCCAUUCUCAAGUUUCACUGGUGCUGUACCGAACCUAUCUUUUCCGGGGGUGGUGGCAUCAGUAUUGGGACUCCCAAUCGCGACGUUGAUCAAGUGCGAGCCGCACCUUUGCCUCGGGGGCAGGGCUGGGAGGAUCUAGAGUACUCGGCCCAGGAAUGGAGCAAGACAUUCCCCAAGUACGCCUACGGUGACCCGCGUAAGCCCGACUAUACUCUCGAGGCCGGACAUAUCGCGAUGAUGAAAUGGCUAUUGGGCCCGCCAGAUCGCCAGCCAACCGCGUGCCCCCGUAAUCUCUGCCAGGAAUGCUACGACACGCCCCAGUGGAAAGUGCACUGCAAGAGCUGUUCCAAACCCUUGUGCAUCGAGCAUGAUCUUCGUGGCCUGCGUCUCCGCAUCUGCGGCUACCGCGAUCUGACACUGGAAAAGAUGGCUAUCCAGAACCGGACGGAUUCCAACCCACAGCCCAUCCCACGCUCAUACGUGUCGCCCCAUCUACCGUAUCCGAAUACUGUGCCUGAAUUUGAGCUACCCUACAGAACCCAACGGAACCUGGAUUCGACCGCCAGUAGCUUCACGGAAGACACGCCUGCCGAUGUUGUCGCGGAACCAAGCACCCAUCCCUCGCCGAGCACAGGAGACCUCUCCGGACGGCCCGCCCCUAUGCAUCGUCGCUCUCGAAGCCUUUCUGUGUCAAACUCGAACCGUUCUCGCUCCUCGUCUCCGUCGUCCGUGUACUGCGAAUCGCCGAUGGACUCGCCCAAGUGGCAAGGCUGCCAGUCAUUCUUCUGUCCUCAGUACCGGGCGGUGGGCGAUCAGCGGCAACGGUGCGGCAGUGUGCUCCGCGAAUGCACCAGCUGCUCGGUGUACGUGUGUCAGGACUGUGUAGACGCGAACCCGCCGUGCACCUGUUCCUACUGUGAAGUCAACUAUGUCUGCCCGAACUGUCUGAAGCUCCGCGAACAAGAUGGCACCUGCCGCCGGCCGGAGGAAGAAAAAGCCCGACGUGAGCAGAAGUGGAAGAGGGACAUGCAGAUGCUGGAGGGAAUUCUGGAGACCAAGCUGGCGAACGAGGUGGCAGAAUUCGCAGGCCAAUUCUUUGACUCCGUCGACCCGUCUGGCGUUGUCGUGGAAGAAGUGGAGGAUAUUGACCACCGUCUUCCUUCUCCGGGUCCUUCCCACAUCGAUAUGCAGUCCGCAUUGUCGGGUGCCAGGGAGUUGCCCGAACCACCUGUCACAGGCAGAGGUUAG